AUGCAGGUCCUGGCUUCUUAUCAUGGAUUCAAUUUGGAUGUGGAGGAGCCCAUGGUCUUCCAAGAGGAUGGAGCCGGCUUUGGGCAGAGCGUGGUCCAGUUUGGCAGAUCUAGACUCGUGGUGGGAGCCCCCCUGGAGGUGGUCGCAGUCAACAAAACAGGACGUUUGUACGACUGCCUGGCUGCCACCGGCUUGUGUCGGCCCAUCUUGCUGAAUACACCCCCAGAGGCCGUGAACACGUCCUUGGGCCUGUCCCUGGUGGCCUCCACCGAUCUCUCCUGGCUGCUGGCCUGUGGCCCGACCAUGCACAGAGCCUGUGGGGAGAACAUGUAUGCAAAAGGCGCUUGCCUCCUGCUGGGCUCCCACCUGCAGAUCACCUGGACAGUCCCCGCCACCCCAGAGUGUCCACAUCAAGAGAUAGACGUUGUCUUCCUGAUUGACGGCUCUGGCAGCAUUGACCAAAAUGACUUUAAACGGAUGAAGAACUUUGUCAGAGCUGUGAUGGACCAGUUCAAGGGCACCCACACACUGUUCUUGCUGAUGCAAUACUCAAACCUUCUGAAGACCCACUUCACCUUCAGCCAAUUUCAGACCAGCCGGAGCCCUCAGAGCCUGGUGGAUCCCAUCGUCCAACUGAGUGGCCUGACGUUCACAGCCACAGGCACCCAGACAGUGGUGAAAGAACUAUUUCACAGUAAGAAUGGGGCCCAUAACUUCCAAGACCCCCUGAAAUACAGCGACGUCAUCCCCCAGGCAGACAGAGCCCGCAUCGUCCGCUAUGCCGUUGGGGUGGGAGAUGCUUUCCAGGAUCCCACUACAAGGCAGGAGCUGAACAUCAUUGGCUCAGUGCCUUCGGAGGACCAUGUGUUCAAGGUGGACAACUUUGCGGCACUCAGCAACACCCAGAAGCAGCUGCAGGAGAUCUUUGCAGUCGAGGGAACGCAGUCAAAGACAAGUCGCUCCUUCCAGCAUGAGAUGUCUCAAGAAGGCUUCAGUUCCGUCCUCACAACGGAUGGACCAGUUCUGGGGGCUGUGGGGAGCUUCAGCUGGUCUGGAGGUGCCUUCCUGUACCCCGAAAAUAGGAGCCCCACCUUCAUCCACGUGUCUCAGGAGCACGCGGACAUGAGUGACUCUUACCUGGGUUACUCCACAGAGCUGGCCGUUUGGAAGGGGGUACACAGCCUGGUCCUGGGGGCCCCCCGCCAUCAGCACACCGGGAAGGUUGUCAUCUUCACGCAGGUGUCCGGGCAAUGGAGGCUGAAGGCUGAAGUCACAGGGACCCAGAUCGGCUCCUACUUCGGGGCCUCCCUCAGCUCCGUGGACGUGGACAGAGAUGGCAGCUCCGACCUGGUCCUCAUCGGGGCCCCCCAUUACUAUGAGCAGAGCCGGGGCGGGCAGGUGUCCGUGUGCCCCUUUCCCCGGGGGAGGGCUAAGCGGCAGUGUGGUGCUGUCCUGCGAGGGGAGCCAGGCCACCCCUGGGGCCGCUUUGGGGCAGCUCUGACGGUGCUGGGGGAUGUGAACGGGGACAGGCUGACGGACGUGGCCAUCGGGGCCCCAGGAGAGCAGGAGAACCGGGGUGCUGUCUACCUGUUUCACGGAAACUCGGGACUGGGCAUCAGCCCCGCCCACAGCCAGUGGAUUGCAGGCUCCCAGCUCUCCCCCAGGCUCCAGUAUUUCGGGCAUUCACUGAGCGGGGGUCAGGACCUCACCCAGGAUGGACUGGUGGACCUGGCCGUCGGGGCCAAGGGGCACGCGCUGCUGCUCAGGAGCCUGCUGGUGCUGAACGUGGAGGUGGCUAUGAGGUUCACACCCCCGGAGGUGACAAAGUCUGUGUACCAGUGCUGCGAAGAGCUGCCCACCGCCCUGGAAGCUGGGGACGCCACAGGCUGUCUCACUAUCCACAAAAGCUCACAGGACCAGCUAGGUUGGAGCUCAGACGAGCUCCCCUUUGAGAAGAACUGUGGGCAAGGGGACCUGAGUGUCAGCCUCAGCUUCUCAGGCCUGCAGACCCUGGUGGUGGGGAGCUCCCUGGAGCUUCCUCCAAGCCUAGACUGCUCCACUGCUGCCUGCCUGAGGUUCUGCUGUGAUAUCCCCUCCUUUGGCGUCUAGGAGGAACUUGACUUUAUUCUGAAGGGCAACCUCAGCUUCGGUUGGGCCAGCCAGACUUUGCAGAAGAAGACAUGUGUCGUGAUUGUGGCUGAAAUCAUUUUCAACAGAUCCAUGUAUUCCCAGCUUCAAGGACAGGAGGCAUUUUUGAGAGCCCAGGUAGAGAUGGUGCUAGAAGAGUAUGAGGUCUAUAACCCCAUCCCCCUCAUUGUGAGCAGCUCUGUGGGAGGACUGCUGCUGCUGGCUCUCAUCACAGCUACACUGUACAAGUGUGGCUUCUUCAAACGUCAAUACAAAGAAAUGAUGGGUGACAACCCUGAAGACACUGUCACAUUCAAUGGGGAGUAUCUCAGCGGUGAGGCCCCCAAUCAGCCUUUGUCCUAA